AUGGCAGCAGCAAUUGCGCAUACAAUUGCCGUGGUAGACAAGUCUGGUAAAGUCAUCAGCACUAGCAAACAACUCAGAAAUGUUUUCAUGGAAGCCAAAUUCGCAUAUCAAGAACGAAAAGCGGAGAUUGUGGCAGACCGUAAAGCGAAGGCCGGGUUGAAGCACGACAAAGACCUCAGAAGAGCAGUGAAAGACCUGCGCAUCGAAGACUCUCCAUCAGAACGAUCCAGCACAUCAAGAAGACAUCAUAGCCACCACAGACAUCACGAACCCGAGCGACGCUCAAGGCCUGAUGGUUUAGGAAGGAUCCACUCCGGCUCCUCAGUCGGAAGCACCAGACAAAGAGCCGGCAGUACCUCCCCACGGUCCCCAGUAUCCCCUCACACUCGCUCUCCCUACGCGGAGACUGUUACCUCUAACCACUCCCACUCCGCACCCACCUCUCCUUCCCUAGCCCAACACCGAAACCGUCGCUCCCUCGACCUCGUCCGCCGCAACACCGACAUGGACCUAGCGCGGCUCCCCCGCGCGACCCGUCAAGGCGCACCUGUCCGCUCUAUGUCCGCUACAGCUAUCGACAUGGACCUUGCCUACGGCGACUAUCACCCUUCUUCCAUCGCGCCCCUCGCCCACAAACCCCACUAUCUAGACGAAGAAAAAGAACUUCUCACUCUAGUUGACCGAGCCAAACUCCUCCUCGACGAAGCCAACUGCGCCCAACACUCCGUUAAAGCCAUGAUCGAGCACCUGCAGAAGAACCCGGAUGCCAUGGCUGCUGUGGCCUUGACCUUGGCAGAGAUAAGCAACAUCGCUACGAAGAUGGCACCAGGCGCUCUCACUGUGCUGAAGGGCAGCGCGCCUGCCGUCUUCGCUUUGCUUGCAUCACCACAAUUUCUGAUCGCGGCCGGGGUGGGGAUUGGUGUCACGGUCGUGAUGUUUGGUGGGUACAAGAUCAUCAAAAAGAUCAAAGCGAAGAAUGCCACAAACAAGGAGGGGAGCAUGGACGAGGCAUUGGAGAUUGAUGGCGAGGAAAUCAAUCGCAUCAAUGCGUGGAGGAGGGGGAUUGUGGCCAGCAACGAUGAAAAUAGUGACAUUGCUAGUGUGGGCACGAGCGUGGAUGGUGAGUUCAUCACACCCAUUGCGGCGAGCAUGAGGGGGAUGGAGACGAGGGAGAAUAUUCUGGCCGGUAUGAGUGAAAGGGAAAGGAGGAAGGUGGAGAAGAAAAGGGAAAAGAAGGAAAAUAAAGAGAUCAAGGAGAGGAGGAAGACGGCCAGGAAGGCGAUCACUAGUGGUGGGAGCGGUAGUGAGAUUGGGAGUGAGAAGAGUGGCAGUUCGAGGAGGUCAUCUAAACUGGGCAUCAUGGCCGAAGAUUCGCGCAGGUCGUUGGUCAAGGCCAAGAAGCCGAGCCCGUUGAGGAGGUUGCUUGCUUGA